AAGGCGGGAAAGACGAAAUACAGCGGAAUUAGGGCAUUGUUCUUCGUUUCCCCCAAUCGGACUCCCACUGAAAAUCGUAUAUCUUCACUUUAUCAGAACUAAACCGCAACUCGCUCAGUUACUUAUGCAGUCGAUUGAAGCUCAAAAUGUCUGGCAGAAAGGAAACCGUUCUGGACCUGGCUAAGUUUGUCGACAAGGGUGUCCAAGUAAAACUAACUGGUGCAAGACUAGUGACCGAAACUCUUAAAGGCUAUGACCAAUUGCUCAAUCUUGUUUUGGAUGAAGCAGUAGAAUUUCUUAGGGAUCCAGAAGAUCCCCUGAAGACAACUGAUCAGACCCGUCUUCUUGGCUUAAUAGUUUGCCGAGGGACUGCUGUUAUGCUUGUUUCUCCAAUAGAUGGAACAGAUGAGAUUUCCAAUCCAUUCGUUCAGCCUGAUGGGGCAUAGAUGCUUCCUCUCUAUUUUCUCUGCUAUCAUUGGUUACAUGGAUGGAUAGUUUCUUUAGGCUGUAGCCGCUUUUGCACCCUAUGAAAUAGUUGUGUUGUGGCAGUGAUGAGAAAUAUAAUUAAUUGUGUUAAUUCCAUUUCUCAGCCUUAACUGGAUGGCAUGAUCUGGAAACUGCGUCUUUUCGUCAAAUUUCUUUUGUUUUUUUGUCCCUUGGGUUUGUUUGUUUGCCUUUUUGGGCAUUGGAGCUAUUUGGGUUCUGUAUAUGUAAUUCAAGUGAAA